ACCUCGAUUUCACAAAUUUAAUCUAUUUAAUUAAAUUCGUAAAACUAGCACAUAGUUAGUUUUCAAUAGGCUACAAUAUGACUUCAGAGCUUGACCAUUGGAUAGAAAUUACCAAACAGUGUAAAUAUUUGCCAGAGAAUGACUUGAAGAAACUCUGUGAUUUGGUGUGUGAUUUGCUGAUUGAAGAAUCAAACAUUCAGCCAGUCAGUUCUCCCGUUACCGUGUGCGGAGACAUUCACGGUCAGUUCUAUGACUUGGAGGAGUUAUUCCGCACUGGCGGGCAUGUUCCAGAUACAAACUACAUUUUCAUGGGUGAUUUCGUGGAUAGAGGAUAUUAUAGUCUGGAAACGUUUACACGGUUGCUGACGUUGAAGGCCCGUUAUCCAGAUAAAAUUACUUUGCUGAGAGGUAACCAUGAGUCACGACAAAUUACCAAAGUGUACGGAUUCUACGAUGAAUGUUAUACCAAGUAUGGCAACGUAAACCCGUGGAAAUAUUGUUGCCGGGUAUUUGACCUGCUAACCAUAGCUGCCUUGAUCAACGAAGAAGUUUUGUGUGUUCAUGGUGGUCUUAGCCCAGAAAUUAAAACACUCGAUCAGAUCCGUUCAAUCAACCGCGACCAGGAGAUUCCACAUAAAGGUGCAUUCUGUGAUUUGGUCUGGUCGGACCCGGAAGACAUCGACACAUGGGCCGAAAGUCCGAGAGGAGCCGGUUGGUUGUUUGGUGCAGCCGUUACGCGUGAUUUCAUCCAUAUCAACAAACUAGAGCUAAUAUGCCGGGCCCAUCAGCUGGUACACGAAGGAAUAAACUACUUGUUCGAUCGGAAAUUGGUCACUGUUUGGUCCGCUCCGAACUAUUGCUAUCGCUGUGGUAACGUCGCGGCGAUACUUGAGUUCGAUGCAAAUAACGUCUCUAAUGUGGAGAUUUUCAAAGCUGUACCGGACAACGAGCGGGUUAUGCCAAGUCAGCGUGUUACACCGUACUUUCUGUGAAGUUGGUACUUGUGCUACGUUUUGUCGUGAAAUAUUUGUAUAACGAACGCUAAAAAUAAAUAGCUGCUUUGUGAAUAUACGUAAA